AGCCUUCAACAAAGCUAUCUCAGAAGCCAACAAUCGCUUUUUCCUCUCUCUCUCUCUCUCUCUCUCAAUCAAAACUUUCUUUUCCUUCUCUCUUUCUUUGUUUCUGAGUAAAGCUGAAACCCACUAUUUCCCCAACUUCUUUAACUUUAGCCUGUAGUAGUACUGGUUAAUUGUGAGUAUUGAUCAGAUCAGAGUUGACAUAAAAUUUCACCAUGCUAGACAGUAGUGCUAAUUCUUCUGAUGCGGCUUCCUCAGAAAAUAAUGGAGUGAUCCUUCCCAAAAGAAAAAGAAGACCUCCGGGCACACCAGAUCCAGAUGCUGAGGUCGUGUGUUUGUCACCGAAGACUUUGUUGGAAUCAGACAGAUACGUGUGUGAGAUCUGUAAUCAAGGGUUUCAAAGAGACCAGAAUCUUCAGAUGCACAGAAGAAGACAUAAGGUGCCUUGGAAAUUGCUGAAAAGGGAGAGUAGCAGUGCGCAAGAGGCGAAGAAGAAGGUGUUUGUGUGCCCUGAGCCUACUUGUUUGCACCAUAAUCCUUGCCAUGCUCUUGGAGAUCUCGUGGGCAUCAAGAAGCAUUUUAGGAGGAAGCAUAGUAAUCACAAGCAGUGGGUUUGUGAGAAGUGUUCUAAAGGAUAUGCUGUCCAGUCUGAUUACAAAGCUCACCUCAAAACCUGCGGCACCAGAGGCCAUUCCUGCGACUGUGGUCGGGUCUUUUCCAGGUAA